CGAAUGGUAACAGGAAUCAUUAUCGUUUUGGAUUUGACGGAAAAUUUGAUGUUCAGCUUUGUGAGCCAUUCCCAUCUGAAGUUAAAGACGCUUUGAAUCGUCAGAAUUUGAUGUCUUCUGCUAGUAGUCAAUUAAUGAACCCACCGUCGCCGUCAAAACCAACAACAAAUAUAGAUCUAAAGAAAGAAAAAGAGCCAGAAAAACAAAAAGCAGCUGAGGAAGAAAAGAUGUCCCCCAAAGGCUUAAAACAUGCUGGUGUCUCUCUGAAUAUUAUGGAUAUGGCGCCCCCGGUAAAACACUCCGUUUGGUCAGAUUUUGAUUUCCCUGCUGAUAUCUCAAAUAGCUUUUCAAACUUGAGAAACAGACGAAAACCUUCUGCCAAGGUUACAGGUACAAUAUUCAGAAAUCCAAACAAUGCAGGUAAUACAAAACAGAAAAAAACAUUCUGCUCUCAAAAAUGUAAGGUUGACUUAAAACAUUAA